AUGUCCGAGGCUUCCUUUCCCGUUUCUUUUAGCCUUUCCGUUAAUUCCCUGAUGGAGAUAUAUGAGAUGCAAUCUCAUCCUCUUGCUCUCCCACUCCAGUCCCACGCCCCCGCCCACCACGCACACUCGCAGUCGCUCUCGCUCUCUCGCAGCUCCACUCCACUCCACACCGGCAGCUCCUGCGUGCGACCGGCGGCUCCACCGCUCCACCAAGAUGGCUGGUUCCGCUUCCGCGGCUGCGCUGGCGCUGUCGAGCCCGCAGGCCGCAACGGGAGAAGGCGAGCAGAACUCCACCUCGAGGCCGGCGGUCAAGUCACCGACGCCGCCGCUGCAGAUCCAGACCGGGAACGCUGUGUCCUCACCGGAAAUGCCAACUUCGUCUCGCGUGGGGCUUUUGAAAUCAAAUUGGACGCUGCCGCUGCCGUCGCUGCAAAAGGUAAAGCAGUGGUUGGAAAGGGCCGCCGUCCACUGCAGGCACGCAUAAACAGCAAACGAAGCCGUCUCGCCAUUGAAGGAGCACCUGCACCGAAGACUCUUCCUUCCUCCAUCCUUCAGAAGUUUAAAUCAAUGGGAAACUCCUACUUUGACAUGGCCCUGCUGUCUGCUGAGAUGACCUCCAACUCCAAGCCUUCCACAACACUCCAGAUUAGCACUUCUGGAGUUGUGUAUUUUGAGCUACUAAAUUUGAUGGAUGUGAAAUCGGGUCUGUGUCACCCGAUGGGUACCCGUCACCCACACGGGUGCCGGGUCUGGGGGAAAUCUAGACCCGAGACGGGUGAUGGGGGCGGGUGA